AUGUCAAAUGAACUGACCGUGGUCAAUUUCGCAUCAGCAGCCAGCGCCAGCCUACUGAUUAUUGUAUUAUUCGGGUCAAUAUUUAUUUAUAAUGACCUAAGUGACUUUUACAAAACGAUCCAAGACGACUUGAUCGACUUCGAAAGACUUUCGAAUGCUGCGUGGAAAACUAUGAUCUCAAAACUGCCUAAGAACUCCUUAGAGGGAAAAUUCUUCCCCCGCAAAAAACGGAGCAAGGACAAUUGUGACUGCGAGUUUGCGCAUGAAUGUCCUGACGGAAUCAUAGGGCCUCCCGGGGAGCCUGGUGAAGAUGGAGAAGACGCACAGCCAGGUCUUCCUGGAGAAGAUGGUAAAACCCAAUUUCCUGGAGCACCAGGUGAUUGUAUUCGCUGCCCGUCUGGAGAUCCUGGACCCAAAGGCCCGCGCGGUGCAGAAGGACCAAUAGGUGAACAAGGUGAACCUGGACUAAACGGCUUCAAUGGAAAACACGGAGCAGACGGUUUACCAGGUGAAGAAGGAGAAAUAGGAGACUUAGGCGUACCAGGAACUGUUGGCACUCCAGGAAGGCCAGGACGUGAUGGCGUCCGAGGAAGAGGACUACCCGGACCGCCUGGUAUACCAGGUCAGGCAGGCAUCAUAGGAAAGCCUGGUUUCGAUGGCGAACAAGGUCAAAUGGGUGACUAUGGACCGAUAGGAGCAACCGGACCACCCGGAGAUCCAGGGUAUGACGGUCUACCUGGCGAAACGGGCGAGCCUGGACCACAGGGAUACGUUGGGAAUUCAGGUGGUCUCUGCCACUGUAGUAAAAGGAGCACAUUCCAUAAACCCCAUUCCGGAGAGAUAACGAAUGAACACCGAUCGAGAGCCAUUUCGAUUGCAAGAAAGAAACUGAGUGUCCAAAGAAGACAAUUAGACAAGAAAUGA